AUGAGGCUAAUCAACACGCGGACACUAAAGCUGCACCAGUUCCACGGCAAGCCGCCACCCUAUGCCAUUUUGUCCCACACUUGGGGCCAGGAGGAGGUGUCUUUCCAAGACUUUCACUCGCCAGAGCUGCGAGAAAAGCUAGCUGGAUUCCCUAAAAUCAGGGAUACUUGCAAGAAAGCAUAUGCCCAAGGCUUGGAUUACGCCUGGGUAGAUACAUGCUGCAUAAACAAGAAUAGUAGCUCAGAACUUAGCGAAGCAAUCAAUUCCAUGUUCAAGUGGUACAGGAAUUCAGCAAUCGCUUAUGCAUUCCUGGAGGAUUACCCGUCUCUGAACAUCGAGAAAACUGCCCUAACUACAGCGGCUGUUGGCUUUGGCCAGAGCCGGUGGUUUACUCGAGGCUGGACUUUGCAAGAGCUUAUUGCACCCCCUCGACUCGAAUUCUACAACAAAUCAUGGGACAAGAUUGCAGAAAAGACAGCUGUUGCAAAGCAGCUUGCGGUGAUCACGGGGAUUGAUGCUUUUGUUCUCGACGGCUCGGGCCCCCUUCAGCAGGUCAGUGUGGGAAGGCGUCUGAGUUGGGCUGCUAAUAGAGAAACAACUCGCGAGGAGGACGUUGCAUAUUCUUUAUUCGGACUCUUUGAUGUCUAUAUGCCCCUAAUCUACGGGGAAGGAAGCAGGGCUUUUCUUCGGCUACAGGAACAUAUUCUUCAACAAUCUGAUGAUCAUACCAUCUUCGCGUGGCGAGCCGCAACUCCGUCGACGGAUCCAGACAUGGCAUAUGGGCUGUUUGCAAAGUCUCCAAGAGAUUUUCAUAAUUUUGUGGACUAA